ACAGACAAUUGUAUUAUUAAGUCUAUUUUAUUUCUCGUCUCGAAAUUCAGGCCAAGCUGACUCUGUAGCGACCUCAUCAGGUCCAGCAAAUUCUCUGCCUUCGCUGCUCAAUCAUCCUUCGUUGUUCAACCCAUCCCCCCGAUUGUUGAGGAGUGGGUAGUUUAUGACGAAGGAUUGAGUUUCUAGCUGAGGGCGUAAAACAGUUGUAGUUGCUGCUGGAGUAUUAGAGUCACAAAUAUGUACAGAACUGUAGCUAAUGCUGCUGACAGGGAUGGAUCACCUAUUGACAAUGGUGAUUCCAUUGUCACAUUGGAUCAAUUACCCUGUUGGAGUGAUACUGAGUUCAGAAACUCAUACGAGAAUGAAGAUCCAGCUUUCCCAAAUUUGUACUUUCCGGACCCUUUGGCAUCUCCUUCAGACGCGGAGAGCAGUGGCAAUGGAAUGAUGUCUAGAUUUCCUGUAGAUCAUGAAAUCAACUCUAAGAUAUAUUUGUGGAGAGGGAAUCCUUGGAACAUUGAGGUUGAUGCUGUUGUCAAUUCCACAAAUGAGGGCUUAGAUGAGGCACAAAGUAGCUCAGGGUUACAUGCAGCUGCUGGGCCUGGUCUUGCUGAAGAAUGUGCAACUCUGGGUGGCUGUCGAACGGGUAUGGCAAAGGUUACUAAUGCAUAUGAUCUUCCUGCUAGGAGGGUUAUUCAUACUGUUGGUCCAAAGUAUGCUGUAAAAUAUCAUACUGCUGCGGAGAAUGCAUUGAGUCACUGUUACAGGUCUUGCCUGGAACUUCUUGUCGAAAACGGUCUUCAGAGUAUUGCCAUGGGGUGUAUAUACACGGAGGCAAAAAAUUAUCCUCGUGAACCAGCAGCACAUGUGGCUAUAAGAACUGUACGAAGAUUUCUUGAAAAACAAAAAGAAAAAAUAACAGCUGUAGUGUUUUGUACUACAACAGUACUUGACACAGAGAUAUAUAAGAGGUUACUUCCCCUUUACUUUCCUCGGGAUCAACAUGAAGAAGAAGUAGCCAUAUUAAAGCUUCCUGCUGAUGUUGGGGAUGAAAAUGGAGAGACUGUUAUCGUUGAGCGCAAGAUCAGGAUAAAACCUUUGCCCAAUGUAAAAAGGAAUGUUGCGAAACCACUCCAAGAAUCCAUGGAUCUCCCUGUUAGUGAUGUUGGUUUGACAAGACGAAACUCUGCAUAUAUGGAGUCAUAUUUGGAUCCUGCUUUCAUGUCACUAAUCAAGGAUCCAGAUCAAAGACGUAAGGAGCAAUGGGAAAAAACUGCUCAAGCACAGAACAGAUGGAAUUGUGCUAAAGUACUUGGUUUUGGCGACCUGGGAGGCCCUCCAUUGUCUGCUGCAGAAGAAUACUCACUUCAUUCUCGUUAUCUUGCUAAAGCAAAUUCUCUCAACCUGUCUGAAAUUGCAGAAAUGAAAAUUGUCUAUCGUGGUGGUGUGGAUAGUGAAGGCCAUCCAGUGAUGGUUAUAGUGGGAGCACAUUUUCUGCUGCGAUGUCUUGACCUAGAGAGAUUUGUCCUGUAUGUUGUUAAGGAGUUUGAACCCCUGAUCCAGAAGCCAUAUACUCUUGUUUAUUUACAUUCUGCAGCAUCUUUACAAGUGCAACCUGACUUGGGAUGGAUGAGAAGAUUACAGCAAAUACUUGGAAGAAAGCACCAAAAGAAUUUGCAUGCUAUAUACGUUCUUCAUCCUACUUUUGGGCUUAAAGCUGCAGUCAUGGGUUUGCAACUGUUAGUAGACAGUGUGGUGUGGAAAAAAGUUGUAUAUGUUGAUAGGCUUUUGCAGCUAUUCAAAUAUGUUCCACGCGAGCAACUCACCAUCCCUGACUUUGUUUUCCAGCAUGAUUUGGAAGUGAAUGGAGGAAAAGGCGUAAUUGUGGACCCCAGAACAAAGUAUGUGUAUCAACGUCCUCAGAGCUGAGACUGUUCUUGGGGUUUAAUUCGUAUAUUUUGGGAUUCUUUGUGGUUGAGUUGUUAUUUGUUGAUUUGUUCACUAGUUGAUCUUCAUUCCUUUAUUUGUGGCACUUGAUUCUUUUAUGUUUCUAAUGGGGUUCUAUGUUGUUCACUGGUAUUCAUAUAAAUAUAUAUUUUUUUCUUUUGAGGGGUGUGAUUUGUGAAUGACAAUAAAUGUUUGCUCUCUUCUGUACUUUUUAUUAAUGUCUGAUGAUGCAGAUAAUUGAAAAUGGUUUCUAUUGAU